AUGGGACAGGGCUUGGACUUUUUUCUGCUUCCAUCUGCUGGGCUCUCUGGUGGUAUUAUGGUGAUGUGGAGGUCAAAUUUGGCGUCUUUUUCUGUUGUGAAAACUUCUGACCAAUGUGUUAUGGGUGAACUCAAUGUCUUCAAUAGAGGAGUUUGGAUUAUCACUACUGUUUAUGCUAGCAAAGAGUCCGUGAGAAGGAGGUGUCUAUGGGAUCUUGUACAGGGGGCUGCUCAAAGUAAUAUUCCUUCUAUUAUUGGAGGGGAUUUCAACUGUAUUUUGUCUAAAGAAGAUAAGAAGGGAGGUAGGAGAUUCAAAUUCAAUCAAGGUUCUCUGGAGAUGGUGAAGUUUAUGAAUGAGAAUGAUUAUCAUGAAGUUGGGUUUCUUGGACCGAGAUUCACUUGGCACCUUGCUAGAGUUGCAUCGGAUCAUUGUCUGAUUGCUCUGAAGGUGUUUGAGACGGAUUGUAAGGGUAGAAGUGGGUUCAAGUUUGAAGACACUUGGCUUUCUUUCAAAGAAGCUGAGCAUAUUGUUGCUAAUAGGUGGAGGAAGACUUUCUUGGGAGAUUACAUGGAGAUUCUCAACAAAAAAUGCAAAAGAACCUUAAAGGAUUUAUUUUAUUGGAGCAAGAACAUAUUGAAAGAAUUCUUCUUGGAGAAAGAUAUACUAAAAGCUAAGAUUGUGAAAUUGCAAGAAGAAGAAUCUGAAUUCAGUUGGUUGACUGAGGAAAAGCUUUGGUUACUCAAAGCUAAGGUUAAAGAACUUAAUUUGGUUCUUAAUAAUCUUAACACUUGGUGGAAACAAAGGGCAAAAGCUAAGUGGAUAAAUGAGGGUGAUGUAAACACCAAAUUUUUUCAGUCCUUUGCCAACUCUAGAAGGAAUGCUAAUCGAAUUUCCCAAGUUAAAUACUCUAAUGGGAUACUAACUGAAGAUACGAAGGAGAUUGAGGAGGUUUUCAGGAGGUUUUUUCAAGGGAAAUGGAAGUACAGGAACUGCAAUUUUUCGGGUUGGCUUGAACUGAGGAAAGUGCUGGAUGACUGUGAUAGUGAACUGUUGAUUAAAGACAUGGAAGAGGCUGAGAUUAAAGAAAUUAUAGUCAAUUUGGGCAGUAAUAAAUCGUCGGGCUUUGAUGGAAUUACCCAUUCCUUUUUCAAAGUCUUUUGGAAUACAAUUCGAAUGGAUGUGGUGAAUGCGGUUAAGCAGUUUUUUGUCACUGGUUUGAUGAACAAAGAAUGGAAAGACACCUUAAUUGUGCUCAUUCCUAAAUCUCCUAAUCCCAGUACUCCUUCGGCUUACCGACCUAUAAGCCUUUGCAAUUCAAUCUACAAAAUUGCUGCUAAAAUUUUAUUGAAUAGAAUGUUGGGCAUCAUGCCCAGGAUCAUUUCUGAGGAGCAAGCGGCUUUUGUGAGAGGUAGGGCAAUCUCUGAUCAUCUUUUUUUGGCACAGGAGGUCUUCAACAAAAUGAGAAUUUCAAAGGCUUGCAAUGGCUACUUGGCUAUUAAAGUAGAUAUGGAGCAAGCAUAUGAUAGUAUGUGCUGGUCUACCUUGGAGAAAAUGAUGCUUGAUAUUGGUUUCCCUUCAAGAUUUGCUCAUUUAGUGUUGGAAUGUGUUACUACCCCAAGUUGCUUUCGAAUGCCUUUAUUAGCAGGAACUCUGAUGUGGGUCAUGAAGAAGGUUAGAGAGACUAUGAGGGACUAUCGCAAUUGGACUGGUCAAAACAUCAAUUACCACAAAUCUUCUUUGGUUUGUAGUUGCUCAGUGGAGAGGAGGAGAAUCAAGAUUUCCAAAUUUAUGGGUAUUAAGUUGGUUAAUGAAUUUGAGUAUUUGGGCAUCAAAUUGGCAUUAAGACGUCUAAGGAAGGAGGACUUUCAGGUGUUAUUGGACAGGUCCAGUAAAAGGAUUAAUGCUUGGGGAAACAAAUUUAUUUCCUUAGCCGGUAGACUGGUUUUAAUUAAAUCAGUUGCUCUUUCUCUUCCUUUGUUUGUCAUGACUCAUUCCCUUAUUCGAAUGAAAAUUCUGUUGGAAUUUGAGAAAAUGUGUAGGGACUUCAUUUGGAACAAAGUUGAUGGUAAUAGGGGCAUUCAUUAUGUUUCAUGGGAGCAAUUAUGUAAGCCUAAACAAUUUGGUGGAUGGGAUGUACAUUCUGUUGUGGAUAGGAAGGAUGCAAUGAGAGCCAAGAUUGCUUGGAAAUUAAUUGACAAACCUGAGUCCUUAUUGAGCAGACAUCUUAUUGCGAAGUAUGGAGUAGAUUGGUGGAGCUAUGAGCUAAGUAGGAGCAGCUCCUCUACGUGGAAGAUUAUGUCUUCUGGUUGGAAGGCACUCAAGGAUCAUGUUAGAAGGAGAAUUGGAAAUGGAUGUAAAAUUAAAGUGCUUAAGGAUACCUUGAUUUUAGAUAAGCCAUUACUCAAAUGGCCAACAUUUGUGGGUUAUUUUGAAGAUGAGGAUGCUUCUCUGGACGGCUUUAUUUCUGAUGGCUGCUGGGACCGUGGAAAACUGGGUAGGUUCUUUGGGAUAGAUCUUGUUGAUCUCAUUUGUGAAGUUAAGAUUGAUAAUGGUAUGCAUGAGGAUGGUAUGGAAUUGAAACACAAGUUGUCUGGUAAGUCCUUAUCUGCAUUAAUUAUGCAAGACAACUUCAAAAACCAGGAUGACUUGAUGGCAUUAAGUUGGAUUUAUAAAUUGGGUUUAAAUGAAAGAGUGGAGAUAUUUAUAUGGAGGAUGGUUUCAGAUGCUCUCCCUUCAGGUGCUUUCUUAAUAAGGAGGAAAAUUGUUGUUGAUUCUGAUUGCCCUUUGGGAUGUGGUAGUGUGGAGGAUAUCAAUCAUAUUGCAGCCAACGGUUGUAAACUCAGGAAAGUGUUGUAUGUGCUGAGAGGAUGGGGAUUCCAGGUUCCAGUUUUUAAUAGUUGGGAGGACUGCUGGACUAGUCUUCAGGAGCUCAAAGAUGGGAACUUGUUAAUGAAUUUUGGCCGAUCAAAGAACUGGGUUGUCUAUCAGUCCCGUGGAUUGUCUUCCUGUGAAUGGCAACCUCCUCCCCCAGAUUGGAUCAAGAUUAACUUUGAUGCUUCACUGAAAGGCAAUUAUGAGGCAGGUUUUGGUGGUAUUGCAAGGGAUUACAAGGGAAGGUUUAUUCUUGCUUUUGGGAUAAAGAAAAUGCAUUGGGACAUUGCCCAGUUGGAGUUGUCCGCGGCUUCAGCUAUUACAGAAAUUAUACGUGAUAGAUUUGAUGAUAUUGGUGGGAUUAUAGUUGAAGGAGAUAAUAAAAAUGUUAGAAAAUUUCUUCACAAUUUGCACAGUACACCGAAGAAAGUGGAUAGGAGAUUGGAUCUUGAAGAAUCUUCAUUUCUUAAUAAGUGUGGCAAGAUUGGUCACUUGCCAACAUCUGAGAAUGAAAACAUCAAAGAAAGUUCCAAAAAUGUUGCUAAGGAUGUGGUUGCUACUAAAUUUGUUGUCCAAAGGGCUGCUGGACAAACUGAUUUGGCCAAGAAGAUAACUGAAGACAUGGGAAACCUUGAAGAGGCAGGGUAUGGACCCUGGGUGCACGUUAGAUAUGGAAAGAAAAAAAGAUUUCCAUAUAAUGUUAACAAGGUUUCUGAUAAACUGAAAGAAGAUCUUGUUGCUGCUGAUUCUAUCAAUUCUGGAACUAUUAAUGCUGCUGAAGAAAAUAAUAUUGUUGUAUUUAGCAAUUCAGAGUUGGAAGAAGGUGAAAUGCUGGCUAAUUACUCCGGGUUUGAUAAGAAUAUUCCAUCUAGUAAGAUCUCUUUUGCCCCUACACCCGUUAUUGUUAACAAUAAUAUGUUUGAAAUUCUUAAUAAUGUUGAUGAAGAUGUGGAGAAGACUAAAAAUGUUUUGAGAAAUAACAUAAACGAUGAGGAUGAUUCUUCUUCGGAAAUGAAGAAUAAGAACAUAGGAGCAGUCAAUGCUAAUAUGGAGAAUUCUACUAUAAAGAGAAAAUUGGAAAAAGAGCUCAAAACUCUUGGACCAAUUAAGCUCAUGACUAGAAACAGGAAAUUGGAAAUGGGAAUUAAAGCCAAAAGGAUUGGGGCUAGUCCCCCUCCAAACCAAUGA